AUGGAGACCCAGGACAGUAUCGAUAUCGCCAAACUACAACGCGUCGCGUUGGGUCUUGAGCACGAACCAUCUCAAUCUAGUAUUCCCGGACAAACGAAACUUGGCAGUAUUUCGAAAAUACAAUCGACCCAUGCAAACCAUGUCGUAAAUUGUUGCUACAGUGACGACUCCCCGACGGCUCCCCGGCAAUUAUCAUCAACCUCGAAUACUGCGAGCUCUCAGAAGCGAACCUCCCCUCCGUUGCAUCGACACCAUGAGCAAGACUCCAUGAACUCAUCUUCUCAGCCGAUAAAAUCCGUUCCCAUUUCUGGGCUUGCGCCCGCAGCAAUGGACCCCGCGAAUAACCCGAGCGACACCCAAGUUGUCUCACAAUCGAUUUACGAUAGCAUCAUUCAACGAAAUGGAGAGUCUAGUAUGUACGGAGGAGGCUCACAAAGUGGUGCAGAUGGUGCUACCCUCAUGACAUUGCACGAGGGUGAUAGUGGCCAUAUUGACCUCCUCGCUGAAUUCGGAACCGCACACCACGAAGCCGACCUCUCCCCAAUCCAAGACGAAGAAAGCAACUAUGACCCAACCGAAUCUUCCCCGAUGGCAUAUCAACCCGAGUUCUUCCCUGAAUCCCAACGUUUCCUAGCCGCGACUCCCGGCACUGCAAUGAAAAAGCCCCAAACACCAGGCACAUCGAUGGAGACACCCACCGUAUCGAGAAAUCCCCUUGCCGGAGAUAUAGAAUCGAGCGGAGGGCUCAUGGGCUUGAGUCAGCUUUUCAAAGCUACCCAGGCGCCAUCAUCUCCCCUGGUUCAUGGACAACUACCAGAAAUUGUGUCAGACCGUCCAUCACCGAAUAUCCCGAUCCAAUGCCCCCGGAUUAUCAACAAUAUCUCCUCGCCGCUAGUUCAAUUUGCGAGAGAAUCGUCGGAGCCGAACCUCAAUUACAUAUCUAUGAAGGAAUCUCAAUCAAGACGUGAUAAAUCUCUAGGGGAGAGAUUAACUCGGUCUGCGGAUGAUAUGCAUUCGGACGAUCCGAUUGAGCAGGAGUUUAACAAAGAAUCAAGCUUUGUUAAGAAUGCACGACGGCAGCGGCUUUUUGAUGAGGAGACCGCCGCUCAAUUUGCGGCCUUGAACGCUCCUUCCCGGUCUGAGAACCGAGCUACUUCCCCGGCCUACCUGCAUGUCGAUGAAACCGCGGCUGCCGGAAGUGAAGAAGAAACGGAACAAGAGGAUGAAAUCGCUCCCCAAGUUCUCCAGUCGCAGGAGCAUCCCCCUUCUUCAGAAGAGGACAAGGAAAAUUACAAUGGUCCACUCAGUUUGGUGCAUGAGGCUGGCAGUGCACACGACCGACUCUCACAGGCCCUUGCAAUGGAAAGUGAACCAGCAUCUCGGGUCGAUGCAGGGCCGGGGCAUGAUAUUGGAACUUACCAUGUUAGCUCCGUUGAAAUCUACGAUCGGGAUCUGUAUUCUGGUCGAUCUUCCCAAGUCAUGGUCAAAGACUCUCAACAAUCACCGCCACCCUCGCCUAGGCCCAGCAACUACGAGGCCCAAGCUGACCUGCUAUCAUCCACAAUGCAGCCCGAUCCAGCCCCUGUUAACAUUGGCAAUGUGAAUAUCUCACCAAUUCAGCAACGGCUUCUAUCUUCGCCACCUCCUUCACGACCAGACCAUCGGCACGAUUCAAGUACGAAUUCUCAAAGGCAGGGCUCCGAGGUCGACAUGAUCCAGACAUCAUCCAACGAGAAUGCACGCCUCAACUCUAGCAAUCCACAUGUGCCACUAAGGACCGGGCUUUUUUCUAACAAUUCCCAAGGUGGAACCGGGAACAAACCUUCGAUGCUCUCGCGUAUUACUGAAACGCCUAUUCACCUCCGCCGCGAUUUUGGCGACAUGGCUCGAUUAACAAGCAUUCCGGAGACCAGUCCUAGCCGCACUCAAUCCAAUGAAUGGGAAGCGCAAUCUAAUGGCGAUGGAAUGAAUAAUGAAGAUGAUGAUCUCCCUCCUAUGCUCCCUGCUGCAAAUGCCCACAGACUGGGUCAGGUGCGACAUUCACAAUCCCGUGCCCUUUCUUCCCCAAUCAAGACCCUCGUAUCCCAAACACAAUCUCAGAUCCUAUCAAGUCCGAGUGGAAGACAACGCCGUGCUUUAACUGAAAUAGCUUCGGAUUGUUCUCCUCAAAUUGAUUUCAAGAUCGGGGAUAUUGGCAUGGAUUUCUUCACGGCCGACGAUGAGUUCAAUUCGUUGGUCAUUGAUGGAUCACCGACUCGCCCUCGAAAGAAAAGACGAGGCAACCUCGGCCAGAGCUUCAACACAUCUGACACUGCAAUUCCUGCAACACCUCGCGCACAGCCCCCCAAGACUACAGCACCAAUCCAUGAGAGCCCUGCUCAGCAAAUUUCUUCGGUAACAGUCCAUGUACCUGCAAUUACCCGUAGGCAGUCCAGGCCUGCUGUCCGAGAUGAAGAUUUAUGGGAAAUUGGAGACUCUCCUCAACAACCGGCUGUACGACGAAGAUCAAGACAUAGCAGAGUGACUGCUCAAGAUAUUGGAAAGCAGAGUAUGGCAGCACAGAAGCCAGUUCUUCCAGCGCCUACUCGACCUGUCGUCGCUCACAAGCCUGGAUCAACUACAUCUUCCGAACUCACCGACCUCACCGAUGUUGAUAUCGACUCUGAGGACCGGUCUUUAUCAGAUUUCAAAACAGUUAACAGCCCUCCUACCACACCCCGACCUACCCGGGCUUCUGACAAUGCUCAAAUUGCCCCUCGCCAAGUGAUUGCUGUAUGGAGGGGUCUGAAACGAGCAUACUACCCUGCUACUUGCUUCGGAACACCUCUGGGUGUCCCAGAAGCCAAUUACGUUGUCAAAUUCGAAGACAGUCUUCCUGUCGAAGUGUUGAAAGGCACAGUCAAGAGAUUUGAACUCCGCAUCGGCGAUGGGGUCAAAGUUGACAUGCCUAAUAUUCCCAAGGUCACACAUAUUGUCCGUGGCUUUGAUGAUAAGCUUACAAGAGAGGAGCUCUCUCAAGCUGCCGAAAAAGGGUUCUACCCCCAAACUGAUAUAUACGGACAUACUACAAUCAUCCUUGGACCUAAGCAACGCAAGAGCCUUCCUAAUGGUGGUCUCCAUAACUCUGAAAAUGUGAUCAAGGUGCCUAUCGGUCGUAUCUACCUUGACACAAGCCUUUGGAAUCAUCUCAAAGACCGUGACUUUACUUAUGAACCUGAGCCCGCGCCCCGACCAACUGCCUCUCAUUCACCAGAAAAAUCUUCCCUGCCAGCAUCCCCCAGCACUCGCUUCUCCCGCUCCAUUCAAUCUGCCAGUGGCAUCUUUGCGAAUAUGGCAUUUGCUGUGUCUUACACAGAAGACGAUGGAUCUAAAAAUCGUGUUUUGCAAUCUAUCAGAGACAAUGGUGGUUCGAUAUUGCAUGAUGGGUUUACAGAAUUGUUUGAAGCGUCGUCAAUUCUUCCCUUUGAUGUGCCGGCAAGAGGUGACAAGGAUCAGUCUGGCAGCCUUGGCCUACGCCUGACAGCUCUAGCCGAGAAUGUGGGAUUUGCAUGUCUCAUCGCUGAUACUCAUUCCCGCCGUGAGAAGUACAUGCAAGCGCUGGCCCUGGGGCUACCCUGCCUCUCAGGUCGCUGGGUUGAAGAUUGUGUUGCCAAGGGCCGCAUUAUUGACUGGGAUGUUUACUUGCUACCAGCCGGUGACUCGACUUAUCUCAAUGGUGCCACUAAAUCUCGAAUGAUGAUGCCGACGUCACCUGCCGAUGCUCGUCUAUCUGAAACCAUCGCGACAAGGCCGAAACUACUGGACGGGAAGUCUGUUCUUAUCGUCACUGGGCGAGGCAAAGCAGAGAAAAAGCGCCGAGCCUAUGUCUUUCUCACAUUUGCGCUUGGUGCUUCCCGCGUGGAGCGGGUGCCCGAUCUAAAAACCGCCCAGGUAUUGAUGGAAUCCCAAUCCCAGGCUUCUCUGCCUUGUAGUUGGGACUUGAUCUACGUCGAUGAUGCAGAUCAGGCUUCUGCGCAGUCUAUGUUAACACCGCGACCAAAGACACAGAGGAUCUCUCUGGUUCAUGGAAAGAAGCGUAAGCUGUCCGCUGUGUUUACGAUGACGAAUCCAGUUGAUGAUUCGUUGCCUACUGCCCGAGUCGUUGGAAAUGAGUUUGUCUGUCAGAGUCUGAUUCUGGGCAGGUUGUUCGAGGAAUAA